UGCUGGCAGAAUAGUAGUUAGUCACUUCUUGGUUCCUUUCUUGCAUCCUUUUUGGUGUGAAAAUUAUUCUGAAUGCACUUAGCUAGCUAACAAUAUCAACUGUUGGAUGCUGAUCGAAACCGAAUCUCAAACGGAGAUACGUUAAAGGGAGAAAUACUUUACUCAUGCAACGUGCACGCGCAGGCGUGGCUCACGCUCGUUUCCGCCACCCCUCCCCCCUAGCGCGUACACGCGAAGUAAUUCAUUGUAUCGGAUUGAAACGAGGGUUAUCGACGAAGCACCAUUGCCCUGGGAAAACGACUACUAGCCAUCUAAACAACAGGCAUGGCGGCGAUUCGUAAGAAGCUGGUGAUCGUGGGAGAUGGUGCCUGUGGGAAGACCUGUCUGUUGAUAGUCUUCAGCAAAGACCAGUUCCCUGAGGUCUACGUACCCACUGUCUUUGAGAACUAUGUGGCUGACAUCGAGGUGGACAGCAAGCAGGUGGAGCUGGCUCUGUGGGAUACAGCUGGCCAAGAGGACUACGACAGGCUUCGCCCCCUCUCCUACCCCGACACUGACGUCAUCCUCAUGUGCUUCUCCAUUGACAGCCCAGACAGUUUGGAGAACAUUCCAGAGAAAUGGACUCCCGAGGUCAAACACUUCUGUCCCAACGUUCCCAUCAUCCUCGUAGGCAACAAGAAGGACCUGCGCAAUGAUGAACACACACGUCGCGAGCUGGCCAAGAUGAAACAGGAGCCAGUGAAGCCAGAGGAGGGCCGCGACAUGGCCAACAGGAUUGGAGCGUUCGGCUACAUGGAGUGCUCAGCCAAGUCGAAGGAUGGGGUGCGGGAGGUGUUUGAGAUGGCCACCAGGGCGGCGCUACAGGCCCGGAGGGGCAAGAAGAGCAAUAAAUGUCUCCUGCUGUAGAGUGCAUGACAGGACCAUGUACCAGGGGCUCUGGCAAGUGUGUGGUUGGAGAAGCACCCGUUUACAUCCCACCAAAUCCCUGACCCCCUCCUCCACGCCCCUCACACUCGCCGGCCGCUGGAGCUUGUCUCCUUGCUUUGGGAGAUGAUCCCUGAACGUAGGUUUUUUUUCUAGUUAUUAUUUUUUUUUUUUACUCAUUUUUAAAAAGUAAUGGAAAACAUUUAUCAGUAUUUAAAUUGGAGGUGAGGGGAGAACCCGGGACUGCUUUUUGUUUUAAAAUGCUUUACCUUGAAAUCUUUCACCUUCCAAAUGCUGUUGUUGGGCCUGUCGGGAGAAGGGCUGGCCUCGGGACUGCCAGUUAAGUGCUCUGCCUGCCUGGACUCUGUGUUGGCUGCUUUCAGUUUGUUUGGAACACAAACAGGGCUGAUAACUGCUUUAAAUUGUAGUCUCUGUUAUGUACAAAUCAUUCUUAGUUUUUGGAUGUGAAACCGUAAAGUAAGUGUUGGAACAAAUAAACAGGAAAACAUGAUGUAUGCAAAUCUGUAAAUAUAAGGCAUGGGUAUAUUCAUAUGUACACACGUACAUAACUGGAAACUGUAUUUUUAAACUAGCCUUAGUUACAUUGUGUAAUAAAUUACGUUCUUUAACACA